UUAGCUCCUCGUUGGCUACUCAGUUCUUGUUCUCAGUUCUUCGCGCGUUCUCCUUGUUCUCACUUCUCCACUGAGCUGUUUUCACUCCUCUUCCCUGAGAUAUUGAAGAUUGAAACCCCAAAGGAAAGAUUGUCUCCUCUAAAGACCGAAAAGAAGAUUGUCUCAUCUAAUGUCGGAGACAGACGCUAUGGAAGAUUCAGGGAUUAGUAGUGAAGGCGAAGAGUUAGAAAAUGGUAAUAACAUGGAGAUAGAUGAAAAAGGAGCAAUGGGUAUUAAGGAGAAGCUCAAUUUGAGCGAGCAGUACCUGAGUAAGUUCUGUCGGGAAGCUUCAAUGGCCUUCUUCAAGGAGUUUGGUUUGAUAAGUCACCAGAUAAACUCAUACAACGACUUCAUUGAGAACGGACUUCAGACACUCUUCGACUCCCUUGGCGAGAUCAAAGUUGGUCCAGGGUAUGAUCCUUCCAAGAAGGGGGGUGGAGGGUGGAGGCAUGCGUCCAUCAAAUUCGGGAAGGUGACAGUAGAUAGACCGAAUUUCUGGACGGGGGAGAAGUUUUCGUCUGAGAAGAGCGACAAGGAAUAUCUGAAGUUGUUGCCGAGACAUGCUCGACUUCAGAACAUGACCUAUUCAGCUAGGCUGAAGGCCGAAGUUAGAGUUCAGGUCUAUACUGUUAACCUCAUUAACAGUGACAAAUUUAAAUCUGGUCAAGAUAAAAUUAUCCAAAAUGAUGUCAAAAGUGAUGACAAUUAUGUAGUUGUGUUGGGAAGAAUCCCCGUGAUGGUGAGGUCAAGUCUUUGUUGGAUGAAUGAACUUGGAAAAAGUGAUUGUGAUUUUGAUCAUGGAGGCUAUUUUUUGAUCAAGGGUACAGAAAAGACCUUCAUUGCACAAGAACAGAUAUGCUUGAAGAGACUCUGGGUUUCUAGUAAACCAAGCUGGAUGGUUUCAUAUCGUUCCAAUUUGAAGAAGAGAAGAGUAUAUAUAAAACUAAUAGAAACUCCUAAACCUGAAUAUCUUCAAGGAGGGAAUGUCCUUAAUGUGUAUUUCUUGUCUUCUACAAUUCCCCUUUGGAUUUUGUUUUUUGCACUUGGUGCUUCAUCAGAUAAGGAGAUUGUUGAAAUGAUUGAUCUUGAUAUUAGUGAUGCCACUUUUGUAAAUAUAUUGCUCUCUACCAUAUGUGAUGCUGAUGAGAAGUGCGAGGGUUUCCGUAAAGAAGGAAAAGCUCUCAAACAUAUAGAUGAACUAAUUAAAAACACAAAAUUUCCACCUACAGAUAGUAUAGAAGACAUCCUGAAUAAUUCCCUAUUUCCUGCUCUUAGCAGCUAUAGAGAAAAAGCUCUGUUUCUUGGAUAUAUGGUAAAGUGUCUUUUAUUAUCCUAUACCGGGCGAAGAAAAUGCGAGAACAGGGAUGACUUUAGGAACAAAAGGUUAGAGCUAGCUGGUGAUUUGCUUGAGCGGGAGCUGAGGGUGCACAUCAGACAUGCUCAGAGACGGAUGACCAAAGCUAUGCAGAAAGAUCUGUAUGGAGACCGUGCCUUGCACCCCAUUGAACAUUAUUUGGAUGCUUCAAUUAUUACAAAUGGUCUUACCAGGGCAUUCUCAACUGGAGCUUGGUCACAUCCCUUCAAUACAGGUGAAAGGCUGUCUGGUGUAGUAGCAACACUUAGGCGAACAAAUCCCCUGCAAAUGACAGCUGAUAUGAGGAAAACACGACAGCAGGUUCAAUACACUGGAAAGGUUGGAGAUGCUAGAUUCCCAAACCCUUCCCAUUGGGGAAAAUUGUGCUUUCUUUCUACACCAGAUGGGGAAAACUGUGGGCUCGUAAAAAAUUUAGCUAUCACAGGACUUGUGAGUACAAAUUCUGUGGAGCCUUUGUUGGACAUAUUAUUGAAUUGUGGUAUGGAGAAACUGGUAGACUGUAAUUCUCCAGCUUCAGUGAGUGGAAAGGAUAAGGUUUUCCUUAAUGGAGAGUGGAUUGGUGUUUGUAUAGAUUCUGCCAAAUUUGUUAGGGAUCUGAGAAAUAAGCGUAGGAGUAAGGAAAUCCCACACCAGGUGGAGAUUAAAAGGGACCAGCAACAGGGUGAAGUGCGAAUAUUUUCCGAUGCUGGUAGAAUCCUACGGCCUCUUUUAGUUGUUGAGAAUCUAAGGAAGAUAAAAGAAUUUAAAGGAGGCUACAGCUUUCAGUCUCUUUUGGACAAAGGAGUACUAGAGCUUGUAGGGGUAGAAGAAGAAGAGGAUUGUCAGACUGCAUGGGGUGUAAAAUACCUCUUGAUGAGAGGUAAAGAUGAGCCACCUGUUAAUUAUACACACUGUGAGCUUGACCUUUCUUACUUAAUGGGCUUAAGCUGUAGCCUUAUCCCUUUUGCAAACCAUGACCAUGCUAGAAGGGUUCUUUACCAAUCUGAGAAACACUCGCAGCAGGCCAUUGGGUUCUCUACAACAAACCCGAAUAUUAGAGUUGAUACUCUUUCUCACCAGUUAUAUUACCCCCAGAGGCCACUUUUCAGAACCAUGGUCUCUGAUUGCCUUGGAAGACCUGAGUAUCCCCAAGGUCAUAAUGGAGUCCUUCCCAGGCCAGAGUAUUUCAAUGGCCAGAAUGCUAUUGUGGCUGUUAAUGUUCAUCUAGGUUACAACCAAGAAGAUUCAUUGGUCAUGAAUCGGGCUUCUUUAGAGCGUGGCAUGUUCAGAACAGAACACAUCAGGAGUUACAAGGCUGAUGUCGACAACAGUGAAUUGUUUGAUAAUAAUAAACGCCAACGGCCCAAGGAUAGAGUUGAUUUUGGUAAAAUACAGAGUAAAUUUGGGCGUGUUGACAGUCUUGACGAUGAUGGAUUUCCAUUUAUUGGGGCAAACUUGCAGGCUGGUGACAUAGUCAUUGGUAGGAGUGCAGAAUCAGGGGCUGAUCACAGUAUCAAACUGAAACACACAGAAAGAGGGAAGGUUCAAAAAGUUGUGUUAUCUGCUAAUGAUGAUGGAAAGAACUUUGCAGUGGUAUCACUAAGACAGGUACGAUCGCCAUCUCUUGGGGACAAGUUCUCAAGCAUGCAUGGUCAAAAGGGUGUUCUGGGAUUUUUGGAGUCUCAAGAGAAUUUCCCAUUUACUCUUCAAGGCAUAGUUCCAGAUAUUGUGAUAAACCCACAUGCAUUUCCGACACGUCAAACUCCUGGCCAGCUGCUUGAGGCGGCUUUGGGGAAGGGGAUUGCUUGUGGUGGGUCGAUGAGAUAUGCCACCCCUUACACUGCUGCUUCUAUCGAUGUCAUCACUGACCAGCUGCACAGGGCUGGAUAUUCAAGAUGGGGAAGUGAGAGAAUUUAUAAUGGCCGAACUGGUGAAAUGAUGCGUUCUUUGAUAUUCAUGGGCCCAACAUUUUAUCAGAGGCUGAUACAUAUGGCUGAAGACAAGGUAAAAUUUAGGAACACAGGACCAGUGCACCCACUUACCCGACAACCAGUGUCAGACCGGAAGCGUUUUGGUGGGGUCAAAUUUGGUGAGAUGGAGCGUGAUUGCUUACUGGCCCAUGGUGCUGCGGCCAACCUACAUGAACGUCUAUUCAUGCUCAGUGAUUUCUCACAGAUGCACAUAUGUCGCAAAUGCACCAACCUUGCAAAUGUGAUCCAGAGACCAGUACCUGGAGGCAAGAAGAUCCGAGGUCCAUACUGCCGAUUCUGUGAGUCUGCGGAGAACAUUGUAAGGGUGAAUGUGCCUUACGGUGCCAAGCUGCUGUGUCAAGAACUUUUUAGCAUGGGCAUAUCCGUUAAAUUUGAGACGGAAGUGUGCUGAUUUUUUCCGUUCAUGUUCAACAAGGUGUUAAUGAGAUUGCACUUUUUUCUCUUUUUUGGUCCCUAGAUUUUUAUAAUCUGGGAUUCGACUUGAAAACAGUUUCUGUAUAUUGUAUUGUACAGCUUCUGCUACCAACUGGCCAGUAACCACUGAAAGUGCGAUUAUGCAUACCUGCAAUGAAAUUCAAAUGACGAACCGAGCCGAGUGAGUAAACGGGCGGGGGCAGUUCACAUUGA